AUGGCAGACGCAAGCAAUUUAGCAGCAAAGAUGGAUGUUGACGAGGCUGCGAUUGAUGAAGGCUUGUACUCUCGUCAACUCUACGUUCUAGGGCAUGAAGUAAUGUGCGCAGCUAUGAAGAAGAUGGCUGCCUCCAAUGUUCUGAUCGUCGGUUUGCAAGGCCUUGGGGCUGAGAUCGCCAAGAAUGUUUGUCUGGCGGGAGUCAAGUCUGUCACGCUGUAUGACCCAGAACCAGUCACCAUGCAGGAUCUCAGCUCACAAUACUUCCUUCGCGAAGAAGAUAUCGGAAAGCCGCGUGCAGCAGCCACCCUGCCUCGCUUAGCCGAACUGAAUGCUUAUGUCCCCGUCCGGAAUCUCGGAGGAGAUGCUGGACAGGGAAUUUCAGUUGAUUUGAUACGGCCCUUCCAAGCUGUUGUCUUGUGUGGCGUCUCUCUCGAGAAACAACUUGAGAUCAACGACUGGACGCACCAGAAUAGUAUUCACUUUAUCUCAGCAGAGACCCGUGGCCUUUUUGGCUCCGUCUUCAACGACUUUGGUCCUAAAUUCACAUGUGUGGAUCCUACUGGCGAGCAACCUCUCACAGGGAUGAUCGUGUCAGUGGAUAAAGACAGGGAAGGGUUGGUAACGUGCCUCGACGAGUCGCGACACGGCCUUGAAGAUGGCGAUUUUGUCACGUUCACUGAAGUGCAGGGCAUGACUGAGCUGAAUGGUUGUAAACCUCGAAAAGUAACAGUCAAAGGUCCAUACACGUUUACUAUCGGUGAUACCUCUGAUCUGGGAGAGUAUGUUCGAGGUGGCAUCUUUACCCAAGUGAAAAUGCCCAAAAUCCUCGAGUUUAAUUCCUUGCGAGAGUCACUGGCAGCUCCAGAGUUCUUUAUGACAGACUUCGCCAAGUUCGACAGGCCUGCUACACUCCAUGCAGGAUUCCAAGCUUUGCCCCAAUUCCAGGCGCAACAUCAGCGUUUACCUCGACCCCGAAAUGCAAAAGAUGCUGCUUCCCUCGUGGCUUUGGCGAAGAAAAUAGAUGCCGAUGCCGAUGAGAAGAUUAUCACAGAGCUGGCAUACCAAGCGACCGGUGACUUACCGCCCAUCUCAGCUGUAAUUGGUGGCUUCGUGGCACAGGAAGUGCUGAAAGCGUGCUCCGCAAAGUUCCAUCCUAUGCUCCAGCAGCUAUAUUUCGAUUCAUUGGAGUCGUUGCCAUCCCUACUGCCGAGUGAGCAAGAUUGUCAACCACUUGGCAGCCGGUACGAUGGACAGAUUGCGGUGUUUGGCAAGUCUUUCCAGGAUAAGCUUGCCAAUCAUCGUCAGUUCCUCGUCGGUGCGGGAGCAAUUGGGUGUGAGAUGUUAAAGAACUGGAGCAUGAUGGGUCUCGCUACUGGGGUCGACGGUAGGAUUCAUGUCACUGACCUAGACACCAUCGAAAAGAGUAACCUGAACCGUCAAUUCCUCUUCCGCGCUAAGGAUCUCGGGAAAUUUAAAUCUGAAGUUGCAGCAGCGGCGGUUGCAGACAUGAAUCCAGCUCUGAAGGGCCACAUUCUCUGUAGACAAGAUCCUGUUGGUCAGGCGACAGAAAAUGUCUUCGAUGACGACUUCUUUGCCGGACUCGAUGGUGUCACAAAUGCAUUGGAUAACGUCGCUGCACGUGUGUACAUGGAUCAGCGUUGCAUCUUGUACGAAAAGCCACUACUAGAAUCCGGUACCAUGGGCACGAAAGGCAAUACCCAAGUUGUGAUUCCCCAUCUUACCGAGUCAUACUCGUCUUCGCAAGAUCCCCCAGAGAAGCAGACGUUAUCUUGCACAGUUAAAAACUUCCCGAAUGCCAUUACACACACGAUUGAGUGGGCUCGGCAAGAGUUUGAUGCAAUGUUUGUUAAGCCUGUGGAAUCUGUCAAUCAAUAUCUCUCGGAGCCCAACUACCUUGAGAACUCCCUCAAAUACUCGGGCCAAUCGCACGACCACAUAUCACAGAUCGUUUCGUACUUGGUUACCAACAAGCCUUUGACUUUCGAGGAGUGCAUUGUCUGGGCUCGUCUGCAGUUUGAGGAGAAGUUCAACAACGCGAUCCGGCAGCUUCUCCACAGCCUUCCGAAAGAUCAUGUCACCAGUACAGGCCAGCCGUUCUGGAGUGGACCGAAGAGGGCACCAGACCCACUUGUGUUCAACUCUUCAGAUCCCACGCAUCUCUCUUUCAUCAUUGCCGCAGCCAAUCUCCAUGCCUUUAAUUAUGGCCUCCGAGGAGAGAGCGAUCCUGCAGUCUUCAAGAAGGUUGCGGACUCCGUGAUUGUUCCCGAGUUCUCUCCAAGGAGUGGAGUACAGAUUCAGAUCACGGAAAGCGACCCUGUCAAUCAGUCAUCUUCUGAUCCUGACAACAUUUCCGACUUAGUCAAGAAGCUGCCGCCUCCUUCGUCACUUGCUGGAUACCGUCUCACUCCUGUCGAGUUUGAGAAGGAUGAUGAUACUAACCACCACAUCGAUCUCAUCACCGCUGCGUCAAACCUCCGUGCGAUGAACUAUAACAUCACCGUCGCCGAUCGUCAUUCCACGAAACAGAUAGCAGGCAAAAUCAUACCUGCCAUCGCCACCACCACUGCGCUCGUUGUUGGUUUGGUUUGUUUGGAGCUUUACAAGAUCAUAGAUGGGAAGAACAAGUUAGAGGACUACAAGAACGGUUUUGUCAAUCUCGCUCUCCCUUUCUUCGGAUUCUCGGAGCCUAUAGCUGCCAAGAAGAACAAAUUCGAAAAUACUGAGUGGACUCUCUGGGACCGGUUGGAGUUCAAGAACGACCCGACGCUCAAGGAGUUUAUCACUUGGUUCAAGACCAACCACAACUUAGACGUUAGCAUGGUCAGCCAGGGCGUGAGCAUGCUCUGGAGUUCAUUUACCGACAAGAAGAAGAGCGCCGACAGGAUGCCUAUGAAGUUCAGCAAGCUGGUAGAGCACGUCAGUAAGAAGCCUAUCCCGCCACACACCAAGCACCUCUUGGUCGAAGUCAUGCUCAUGGACGAGGAGAUGGAAGACGUCGAAGUGCCUUUCAUCCUCAUCAAGAUCUGAAAGCAGUGAAGAAGUCCCGUGUACUACAUAGACCAACAAAUAUUGUAUCAAUUGUCUGAAUGAAUGAAGAUUUCCUGAACGUUGAACACGGUUGUGCACUGUCAUUCGGGAACAUACUAGAUGAUAGCAUUCAAAGCGAAGUAUUGGAGGCGUACGUAUACAGUACCAGUACGUACGGCAUGUGCACUUCACGCUUGACUGUUGAAUGCUACGAAAGGGGGGCGCAUAACUAGUUACCUACAGAAAUGGAUGAAGGUGAAAAAGAAAAGCUAAAAGCUAAACUAGCCACCAAGGGGGGAUAACGGAUAAUGAGAUAGGGUGAAAGGGAGCUACAAUAGUAGCAAGGGAGGACGGAUGGGGGAAUGAGAGAAUAGCAAAUGUUUUUGUAUCGUUAAUGAUUUUCUGCAUGUUUUUGAGUGCUUUCGUUAUGCGUACUGAAUGAGAGAAACGUAGCAAAAGAAACACCAAAGGCGAAGGCAGGAAAAAAAA